CGCUCUUGCGGGGAAAUUUAGUAAGCAGAGGCGCCGCGAUCCGCGACAAAGUACGCGAGGAGACGAAUCCCCUCCUUAGUUAAGUUGACUAAUCAAAGAUUCUAUAUAAUGUUUAGAUUUUUGUUUAGAAUGGCGAAUCUCGUUGCAACUUGCAGUGUCGUCCACGUCGAGACUCGACUUGAACGAAUUACUUGUUGAUCGAGUGAUUAGAAUCGCGCAAGAAGAGCUCAUUUGUGAUGUAGUGUUUCUAUGUACAAACAGGCCACAGAGCGUGUAUAUGGCAUAGCAUGUGACAAGUUACUAAUGGGUGAACGAGGCUGGCAUUUAGCCUCGUCGUGAUGUAAUUGUGCAGCUGCGGGGAAUCAUCCGUCUAAGGAUGCGGAGUACGGUUAAGUCUCUGCGAAAAAGGACUAAAGUGGUACGAGGAGAAGACGAUCAAGCGACAAAGGCAGAUCUUCAGUUGGCCGUAAUCGCGCGUUGUUAGCCGAGGGCUGGGCAGUUGUUGACAGCGGAGAGCCGCGAGCAAAGAAAACAAGGCUGUGCGCGCGCGUUAAUCGAAUUGACGGACGGCCACGACUCGGGCGACAGGACGGUGGCAGAGAAAACAGAGACCCAAGUCAUGACCAUGUGAAGCGCUGCGUUGCCUGCGCAAUUGCGACAGCAGGGAAUUUGCAUACGAAAUGCGAAACAUCGAUAAACAUGGCGAUUCAUCGGUGAACGCGCGGAGGAGGAAGCGAACGGUGGUGGACUAGGCCUCGCUGGUGCUCGAUAUUCGCGUCGCGGCUUGGAGGUUAUGUCUACGAAGAGGAGCAAGUGCGAGCGAGGAAACGGCGCUGUGCGGCGGCGGCUAUGUUAGGGCUGCUCUGUUUAUUUACACAAUAACGCAAUAGCUGAUCGUAGCCUCUCCCCUCCUCUGCCGCGACGACGAGACGAGAAUUACACAAGUGCGCGGCUAAAUCAGUCCGUCAAGAUUGCCUAUUUUUGUUGGCCAUUCAGUCGGGGGCUGUGCCCUCCUUCGGGAGCAGCAGCAGUGGCGACGAGAUGCGAGGGCUCGGGCGAGGGCCGAGGCGCGGCGGCGGUGGCGGCUGACUGAUCGCUCUGCACGGGGACCUCAGUUCGGGCUCGCCCAUGAAGAGACUGCAGAGGAUGCCGGGAGCCUCGUUCGAAAGACCCCGGGUGUACAAGCUCAGCGACAUCGAGCCGCACUCGUCCAAGGGCCCGGGGACGCACGGCCGAGGCAGCGACGAGUCGGCGGGUAGCCCGCUCAGCUCGGCAGGCCACGUGGGCAGCAUCGCGCGCUUCCCCAAGCUCGACGAGUGCGCGCACUUCCACUACGAGCACGUGGAGCUGGGGCGGCUGGAGGUGGCGCCGGGCGCGGAGGAGCCGGCGCGCCAGGAGCUCGGCGCCGAGGCGCUGUCCAUCCGCGUGACCUCGGGCGACGCUUGCUGGACGCUUGAGCGCACCCACGAGAAUCUGGUGAUGUUCGACCGGCAGCUGCACCGCUGCAUCUUCGACCGCAGCUUCUCGCGGCUGGCCGAGCUUUGCGAGGAGCAGCCACUGCGCGCCGAGCAGCUGCGCGCCUACUUCGAGCGCUUCUCCGGGCUGAGCCACGAGGGCCUCAACUGCGGCCCGGUGCUCAACUGGCUGCAGCUGGAUAACCGUGGCCGGCGAAUACUCGUGCCCGAGGCCGACAACUGCCCCAUCAAUACGCCCGCCGUAGCGGCGGCCUACGCGGUGCGUCCCUACCAGGCUCAAGCGCAGGACGAGAUCUCCUUCCAGGUGGGCGACAUGAUCAGCGUGAUCGACAUGCCGCCGCCCGGCGAGAGCAGCUGGUGGCGAGGCAAGCACGGCUUUGCCGUGGGCUUCUUCCCGGCCGAGUGCGUGGCCGUGAUCGGCGACAAGCUGCCGCGUCACCUGGCACCGCUGCAGCAGCAGCAGACCGGUGCGCCCAAGGCCCAGCCUGUGAAGCCGGUGCUGCGCAAGCAUGGCAAGCUCAUCGCCUUCUUCCGGUCGUUCAUCCUGAACCGGCCAUCGCGGCGCCGCCUCAAGCAGUCGGGCAUCCUGCGCGAGCGCGUGUUUGGCUGUGACCUCGGCGAGCACCUGCUCAACUCGGCGCGCGAAGUGCCCAACGUGCUGGCUUGCUGUGCCGAGUUCAUCGAGCGCCACGGCCUCGUCGACGGCAUCUACAGACUCAGCGGCGUUAGUUCCAACAUCCAGCGAUUGCGUCACGCCUUCGACGAGGACCGCGUGCCGGCGCUGCACACCGACGAGGGCAUCCUGCGUGAUAUCCACUCGGUGGCCUCGCUCCUCAAGAUGUACUUCCGCGAGCUGCCCAACCCACUCUGCACCUACCAGCUUUACUCGAGCUUCGUCGGCGCGGUGCAGCCGGCCAGCGAUGCCGAGCGCCUCGCCAGGAUGCGCGAUGCGGUGCGCAAGUUGCCGCCGCCCCACUAUAGGACCCUUGAGUAUCUGAUGCGGCACUUGGUGCGCGUGGCCGCUCGGGGCGAGGAGACGGGCAUGACCGCUCGCAACGUGGCCAUCGUCUGGGCGCCUAACCUGUUGCGCUGCAAGGAGCUGGAGGUGGGCGGGGUGGCCGCGCUGCAGGGCGUCGGCGUGCAGGCAGUGGUCACCGAGUUCCUCAUCUGUUACGCCGAGCUGAUCUUCGCGGCCGGGCCACUCGAGGGCGCGAGCGCCCCGGAGAUGCAGCGGCCUAAAUCGCUGGCCAUCGCUGCCAACUCGUCCUCGCGACUGCUGAGCCUGGAGGAGGCGCGCAGCCGUUCCGUCGCCCCGGAGCCGGCGCUCAUCGAAGUGGGCGCUGGCUCGGCGGGCCUGCCUCAGCACUACCACACUGUCAUCGAACUGCCCGCUGGCCAGCGCAAGCGCCACGGCUCCAAGCGCUCGCCGUCGCUCAACUGGCGCGCGCUCUUCGGCGGCGGCCGGGGACAGAGCGGCGGAAGCCAGGCCAAGGCGCGCUCCACCAGUGCGAGCGAGGCUGGCCCAGCGGCCGUGACCGGCGGCGCCGUAGGGGGUGCGGGCGCGCCCACGGGUCUCGCACGCGCCGAAGAAUUGGGCGGCUCGUUGCGUCGCCUGCUGCGUCCCGUGAAGAGCGCCGACAGUCUGGACGGGGCCGCGAGCGCCGCCGCAGCCGGCAGCGAGGACGCGCUGGGGCCGCUGUUACUCUGCGGGCCGAGCGCCGGUGAACGGCGAGCCUGCGGCCACAGUCGCUCAGUCUCGCACGACUCGUACUUCGAGCACUUGGGAAGCGGCGACGCAGCGAGCGCGGCCUCGGGCCUCGACCUUUCGGAGAUCCAGCUCAACUUCGAGCUAGAGGAGCGCGAGAUGCGCAUUUUGUCGGAGGGCACGGCCGCCGACAGCGCGCGCCAGUCGCUCGAGGCCUCGCCGCGCAGGCAGCGCGCCGCCCAGGAGUUGCCGGACGGCUGCUUGCCCGACAUCGUGACCGAGGAGUCGACCUCUGCAGCCGGCGACGCCCCGGCCCCGGGCGGUUCGGGCGGUGGCGGCUCCAAGCGCAAGCGCUCGCGACUCGAAGAGCGGCUGCAGUGCGACGUCGACUUGCGCUUCAUCGACAGCCAGAGUCCCGACCAAGUCAUGGUCACGGCCGACGUACACGACAUGGAGACGCCCUCGCCUCUACCCACGCCUGGCUAUCUACCACUGCUCUCCGAGGCGUCCACGCCGCUCACGCCCAACGCUAGUCCCGUUGCAGUCAGUCCCCGGAUAAGCUUCAAGAGCUUCGCGCUGCCGCUACACGUUGACGAGCGCUUCGGGCAGGCGACCAAGAGCGACCAAGCUGAGAACGUCAAUCUACUGCGCACCGGUUCGACCAAGUCCUCCAAGGAGCGGGACUCGUCUUCGUCGUCUUGCCAGCCAAACGAGGAGGGAAGCGCUAUGGAUGCUUGCGAAACGGCCGGCGAGUGCCCCUCGGUAGACGCUGCUCAACAGCAGCAUUUGGGUUUUACUUCGCCCUCGUCGAUAAUCGUCGAUCAAGAAAUGAGGCCUUGCGAAAAGUUAUCCGCCUCGGAUACAUCCAGUCAGACACCUCAAGCCACGUAUCAAGGCCUCCAUGUUUCUCCAAGUAUACCAAAUUCGACACAGCAAGCUGAAAAGCUUAACAAUCUAGACAAUACUUUUGUCGUUAGUGAGUUAACGAACCAAACUUCAGGGCAACAGAGUUCUGUUUCGUUGAGUAGUCAAGCGCCAGAUUCGUUAAUCAUGACUGAUUUAGAUUCUUUGAUGCCAUAUGAACAGAGUUACGAUGAUUCGUUGCACUCUAAUGUUGAUUCCAUUGAUUCCCAAGAUAAAGUUGUGCAUCGAGGUCAACCUGCUGAAAACUGGCUCAUAACAGGUAAUGCAGCAACGUCGUUGGAUAGUUUGGAAGAAGGGUUAUUAGUAAAUCGUGCAUCCAACUCCAAUUCUCCGAAAAUUCUAGCAGCUCAAGAAUACGUAUCUAGUUCUACUAUUGCUAAUAAAGAUUGUCAAGAAUUAAUGUGUUACUCAUCGGCAGAUGAAGCUUAUCACAAUGAAAGUAGUGAUCGACGUUUAAUUCCUGCUAUUGAACCGUCUAGUAAUAAGAGCAACUCUAAAAUCGUCCGAAGCGUAGACUCCAAUGUGAUAGAUGAAACUAUAUCGGACAAGUUAAUUUCUUUUGAAAUACAAGUACACUCUGUCAAUGUAGAACCACUAGAGAUUCAGAACCCACCUCCAACUGCUUCAAUUGCGAAUCCUAAUAGUGACAGUCUUAAGAAUUAUGAAAGUAAUCAAAUCAAAAAUUGUUCGUUCAACUGGAAACUUCUCGGUGAUCAAAACUCCAAUGAAACAAAUCAAAGCAAACAGAGCCAAGAAUGUCGAUUAAAUUCAGAUCCAAACAAUCAAUUUUCAGACAACGAUAAUUGUGAAAAUAUAGCACCAAAUACCGAAGCAAUUUACGAGCAAAAACACAAAUCAACGGAGCAAAAUAAUGGCGAAGAAUCAAAAAAACCUUUCAACGCGAAUAAUCAACGCUUGUUCGAGCAAGUCUCAAAUUCGAAUAAUUUUAACUAUUCCCGGACUGCAAGUUGCCAUUUGAAGGUAACAGUGGAAAGCAACAGAGCGCAGAACGACAUAGAACCUGUAGUUCCUGCUGAUAAUGCGGCAGUAGAGCCCGAAGAGAUGGCUCGCGUCCCGGAGAUGCAUGCCGAGAACAACGCUUUGAACUCAUCUUGCAACUAUUCGCCUUUGAGAUAUGGAAGCCUCAAGAGAGGAUCAAACAUCAACAAGGACACCGCCAGCAUUCUACAGGAGCUGGCUUUGCAAAGGCUAUCGGGUGGUGACAGCGUCAACGCUCGUCGAAGAUACGACUCGGAUUCGGUGAGAGACAGGCGGAGCUUCGACUCGGAAAUUGGGCGGGAGAUCGUACGCGAACAUAAAAUGAAGCAAGAGCUCGAGCACGCGAGGGUCAAGUUUGACGAGUCGUUGGCAAGCGGAAACAAUCAAAACGUGCCGCCGCCGUCACAUCUGCCACCGUGCUUGAGGGCCCGACAUGCCAGAGCAACCAGAGCGGCAUUAAGCCGUUCCCUCGACGAGGCGAAAUUCAACAAAAUGACAAAUACGCCUGUGGGCGAAUAUCUAGCGCGGAUAAAACAAGACAAGUCAGAGAAUUCUAAGCAGCAGCAGCACGCCUCGACGCCCAACGUCGGCGACAGCAAGUCGAGCUUGCAGCUCGUCGGCGCCUCCGAGAGGUCGAGCCAUCAAUCGCUCAAUAAAAAUCUCGGUCUGGAUCUGGAUGAUCCGCGCUGUCGCGAGAGAAUCGAAAAGUACAAAGAGGAGAGACGCACCUUCCUCAGAGACAAGUAUAGAUCUGAGAGUUUUCGGGCUCAAGUGAGUCCGGCGACUAGCCACGAUGCCAAAAGCAGCCAAGAGGAUGGAGAGCAAGCCUUGCUGGCAAGACUGAAACAGCGAACUUCCAGACCCUCUCUACUCUGACAUACUUCUGACAUUCAUACACGUACCAACGCGAUCCCUUUAAUGUUUAAUGUUAAUUAAUAUACUGAGCCUCGGUCUGAAUAUACCUAGAGCAAGCCUAAUUGUUAUUAAAGUCGUGCAAUCAACUUUUAUCGAUUAUAUAUUAUAGAGACUUUUUAACGAAAUAAUUAUUCUGCACGAUAUUCUAGUAUGUUAACUCGUUGAUAUCUUCAUUCAUUUUUUUCGAGUGCAGUUUAUUGUUUGUAAAUUUCAUUGUUAUUCUAUUUUUUAAGCAAUUUAUUGCUUUUACUUGGAAAAAAAAACGAAGAAUGGUUUGUUGGCAUUUAUCUAAACUCAUUAGUCUCGUUAGCGUAAAUAUAGUAAAGGCAUUUAAGCAAAAGAAGUAGAUAGCAGCAUAGUGUCCAAUCUGUCAUCAACGAAUUUUCUCUCUUUUUCUGGUAAUAGCUCAUUUUCGAGAAGCAAGUUUAUUUUUCUUCUCGAAUAACGUUAGAUAUAUCAAAUGACGUUUGAAUUUCACUGAUGCUGACCUAUGUUAGCCGAGUACUUUUUUAGUAAUAAAGCUGCGCUAAUAAUUUCUGCGAUUAAAUGCCUGUAAUAUUCAGUUUGUCUUAUUAAAAAAUUGUACUUUAUUAAAGAAAUUGUAGUAUUUCAAUCAAUUAGUCGUAACAGUCUUGAUUGAAUACAGGCAAGGAAGCUUACCAUUGUAGACUGGUCUGCUGUGGUACAUACAAAAUAGUUUUUUUCAUAUGUUAGACUUUUAUUUACUUUUCAUGAUCACGUGAUGUUUUAAGAUGAAUCGUCUUGCCACAGCAGUGAUCACGCCUCUUCGAGACUUGAAUCGCUACUUUGUCUACUAGGUGAUAUAAAAUGUAACAUUAAAAUAGUAGCUUGCUACUCGACAAUGAGUCCAUAGUCACUAUGUAGUUUUUUUGUAGCACAGAGGACUCCACGACUAGUAACAGUUACUUGAAUUAAUUAUUUCCAUUAGACACGCGCGCGCGCGUUCGCACAUACACACACACACACACACACUCACACACACACACACACAGCACUAGGCCAGACGGCAGCAAAUACGAUGACAAUACAGUCGUAAAAUAUUUAUAUGCAUAAUAAAUAUUAUUCGAAACUUUCUUCUAUUUAGAGAGAUACAUUGUAAGCCUCAAGGUUAAUUGUUGAUCUACAGCUACGAGUGAAGCUAUCUGUGUAAAACUUGAUGAAUUUUAUGCAUUUAUACAUCCAUUAUACUCGAACGUUUCUUGUGAUAUGCUUCUUGAAAAUAAAUCAUACAGGUUUCAAUAGUAUGAAAGUGAAUAUUACGUAGGCUAGCUACACUAAAAAUUCACAUUCUACUCGCAAGGCAAUAUUGUCAGAGAUGUCUGGUACGAUUAUAAUUAAAUCAUGCCACUUUUUGCAAAUGGAAAAUGAUCUACUUUUCAUUAAUUUAUCAUCUUCAAUUUCUUCUUAUUCAUGUAUCGUGCGAUUUUGUUUAUAAUUUUUGUUACA